GGAUGCUAAAAGGUUCUUAAAAUAUAUAUACAGGAUAUUAAAAGGUGUAGUAUUGAAGGAGGCGUGCCAAUUCGGUGACGAACUUUUGACACCUAAGUACUGUCACCCUCUCUCGCACAAACAACUUGGAGGAAUUCGAUUGAAAAGCUUUUAGCGGCAAAUGGACCUUAGGCGGAGGCAGAGGCAAACCUUUUCCGGCUUCACCAGUGGCGAGGUGCAGAGAAUGCAGCAGUCGCUUACUGAAUUUAGAGAACGAGCUCUGGAUGACGACUACUGUAAAAAAUUGGCAGGAAUUUUCAAUCGUUCAAGUGGUCGUGCAGGAAAACCUGCGAUAAAUUGGACUGAGAUUCGGACUUGGUUUCAGAAGAAUCAAGUAGGACUUUUUACAGACACGUCAUGCAAUGCAGAUACCACGCCAGCUGUUCCACCUAAAGCGCUCACUCAGUCUACAGAAACUGGGAAUCUAAAAUUGCUCGAGGAUACUAUUUUACCCCAUCUCAAUACCCUAACUUUGAAACUUGAUCGUCAGAAUUACAAGUUCUGGAGAGCACGGGCUUCAUUCACUGUGAGAGCACAUGGAUUCGAGGAUUUUCUUCUUGGAAAAUCAUUGCCGCUCCCAGAAUUUGUUUAUCCGUCAUCUCCUUCAGGUUCUCCGGUGUCGAAUCCGGAGUUUCUUCAAUGGAGGUGUCAUGAUAAGCAACUAGUAACCUGGCCUUUAUCAUCAAUGGCUGAAUGUGUGCUUGGAUCUAUUACUCGGUGUUCAACAUCAUCUCAGAUCUGGUCUGUUCUUGAAACUCUAUUUUGUACUCGAUCUCGUUUUCGUAACAAUCAUUUGCGCCUCAUGCCUCAAACGACUAGGGAAGGUGAUUUGCUCGUUGAAGAUUAUAUAGUAAAUAGGCCAGAGGCAGAGGUGUGCCUUUUCAUAGAGGCAGAUGUCGUGGGAGGUUCCAUUGAAUGUGUCCUUGUAAAAUCUGUGGCUAGCAAAAUCAUCUUGCGUGAAAAGAUAUUUACAUUCCUUUGUUCAUGGCUAAACAUUUUUCUGCUGGCAGCUGAGAUUGAUGAAGAUACGUAUGAUGUCGAUACAUUUCUUUCCCACAGAUAUGUUGCUUCCGGCGAACUUGAAGUUCGUGUAAAAUAUGUUGGAUUUGGAGCAGAGGAAGCUGAAUGGGUGAAUGCUAAAGAUUCUGUGAGACUCCGGUCUGUUGCAUUGGACUCUUCAGAGUGCUAUAAAGUGGAGGCUGGGGAUCAUGUAGUAUGCUUCAAGGAGAGAGAAGAUAAAACGGGAUAUUAUGAUGCUAAUGUCAUAGAUGUGGAGAGGAGGUUGCACGAUAUCAGAGGCUGCAGAUGCCUUUUCUCCAUUAGAUACCACCAUGAUAACACAGAGGAAAAAGUCCGUUUGAGGAGAUUAUGCUGCCGUCCAGAAAUGCUUGGGGAUGAGGAGGAUGAGGACGAAUGAGUGAAUAUUACUCGGUUCUCUACGAUGGCGUCUACAUCCAAUAUGUCUUCAAAUAUGAUGCUGAAAGUGUUUUGCCUUUCAACCUAUUUGUUAUAGUGCUUCUUCUUGUGUGUUUGAAAUCAACUACUGGCAAAUGGAAAUCUAUGUUUUCUAAGUGGAUUUGAACCCUGCUUUUAAACAUAUAACUUUGUACUCGUUUCUUCUGUAUGGAUUUCGGCAGUGAUCACAUGUGAAAAAAACGUUUGAAGUUGUAGCCUGUAUUUCAGUAAAAGAAGGUGCAUGAGACACCAGCAACUUCUUAACUCUCAGUUUCUACACAUCUUCUACUUGAAAUUUUCUUCUUGUAUGUACCUUCACCGCCUUUCAUAAAUGGUUUGGCUAAUAGACUCACUGGUUGGUUGCCGGGCUGCUGGGAUCACUAUUGGGCCGCUAGAACUCGCUGCUAGGAGUUGCGGGUGCCAGCUGUGAGUGUUGCUCAUGCAAGACAAAUAAUUGUUUUUUGCUCUCAUUUCAAAAUAUCCAGCCUAUACUUGAUGCCAAUUUCAUAAUUCAGAAAUUUCAUUCAUUGACCACAUAGACCUCAAAUGUAUGAAAAUGAUACCGUUGUUUUUAUUUAUGCCCUUUGGAUGUAGAAGUUUAGGAACUUGGUAUCUUUUAUUUUACUUUGGUGAACGAUGAAUUUAAAACACGCUUCCUCCAAAGUUAAUCAUGCCCUGAUAAAGUGCAUAUGAAGUUCAAUAUUUAUUAAAUAAUUACUUCGUAGGAGAAA